AUCGGGCCACAGAUAUCACUAUGAAUGAUUUGUAAAACUCCUUCUGCACGGCUACCUUUAUUGGGGAAUGGAACACGAGCUUGCUUUCCUUGACAACACACCUGGCAAUUCGUUAUGUUUGCUUGUCCCUUAAAAACAAGUCCUUCAACCAACUCACUAGUUUUAUUCAGAUAACUGUUGUUAGGAUGACCGAAGCGCCUGUGCCAUAUUUCGCUGCUCGCUAAGAAACCCGCACAACUAUCUUGUGUAUUUAACUUAUACACCCCAGGCAGAAGCAUGUCGUCAUUAUGACGCCAUAUAAAGGUGAUUUACGGUCAUCGACGUCUUAUGACCUGUGUACGACGUCGUGUAAAGGUACCAUUUUCGUGUAUCUUAUGGCGUCACAGAAAAACGUCAUGCGUUCGUCAGAACGACGUUGAAAAUUGCAAUUAUUUUUCAUAUCAAUAGAAUUUCGUGGUACCUCAAAACUCAAACAUAUUACUACAUACAUACUACCAUACAAUGCUAAUUGUAUUUAAUGCUAAAGCAAUUACUACCAUAAACAUGAUACACCUAUGACAGACAACUACCACAUCCUUUGUGCUUAGUGCGCAGGUGCGUUCUGAAGUUGAACCUGUGAUCUCUCGAAUGUCGAAUACGUCUAAAAGUGGCGGUUAUUUUUUUGCUUUUGACUAUUAUAAUUGAAAUCGUAUAAACAAAGACGUGCAAUUUGACCAGAGACAUUAGAGAGUCUCUGAAUUUGACUGACUGACUGAGCUUCGAAGGUAUUAUUAACAGAAUAAAUGGCGUACGUUGGUAUCGAAUUUGAAAGCGAUGGCGAAAAUGAUGCGGGGGAGAUCGCGAUUGUAAAUAAAGUUUGGCUCACGCCAAUGAAACGGAGAGUUCAUUGGCCGUCCUAUAGUCAACCCACAAAAUUUGAAAGUGCACUACGCAGUGGAGAGGAACCUGGCGAUACCUGGAUGUUAUACCCGGUUAAGAGGAUCUUUUUUGAAACAGACAAUCUUCUUAAAGCACGACAGAAAUUGAAAACUGCCGAAGUUACCUCCGAUGUGCAGUCGGACACUGAAUUCAGUGAAAAACGUAAAAGAGUUCCGCCUCCACGACUGUCUUACGAUAGCGAAGAGGAGAGCGUUGCAACAUUACCUCGGCCUCCAAGAUUUUCGCUGGAUAAAGUUAAUCAACAAAGUUCAAGACAAAGUUACUCACAACCAGAACCUCGGAGUAGUCCAUCCACCCAUGUCAAUAAGAAAAAUUGUUUCCGAACAAUACCCUCUAGUCCAUCAUCAUGUGCUGAUGCCAUCCCCUCUAGUCCAUCAUCAUGUGCUGAUGCCAUCAACAGACAAAGACUUCCAACAAGAUCCCCACUUGCGGUACGUGGCGAAGAACGUGAAAAUUUAGAUUCUAAGGUAGUCGUACCCUUACUAUUACAUAUCAAGGAACAGAAUAACCAAAUUCUGUCAUGGAUAAAAAAACAAAGUAAUACAACCGUUGUUCAUGGCACUUUACCCGAUGAUAUUCCUGUAAAAUUUCCUUUAUGCUCAAUUGAUUCAUUAACCGUAUUAGAAUCAUAUUUGAUGGAUGAUGGACAUUUAGCAGAAUUGGCAGCAUAUUUCUCGUCAUUAGGCGGACGUGACAUUGGAUCUAAAACGAACAUUAUUUUAAAAAAUAUUUUCAACAAUGAGCUUGCCCAGCUGUAUAGUUUCUAUGGGUCAAGGGGAAAUAAAAAGGCAUUCAACGAUUUGCGUGUAAAAACCGUUAUUAUUCGGGCUGUUCAAUUAACGACUUCCAACACAACAGCUGAAGAAAUUUCUGCCCAUAUAAAGGUUUGGCUAAAACAUGCCCCGCAACGACUUUCCAAUUCCCUACAACCUAAGAAGAACUGUAACCAAGGAAUUUAGAUAAGUGCAAUUACUUUA